CGAACGGAGGAGAGGCGAAGAAACCCGGAGAAAGUUUUGGGAAAACGGUCCAAGACGAACAAAGAUGGCCGCUCCGGCACAAGAAAAACAUCUUCGUUUUUUCACUUAGACCCGACUUCUUUUUUAUCGUGCGGUGGUCCGUUUCGCGCGUACAUUUAACUAUUUUAUCGGCUUUUUGGGACUAUUUUAGACCGAGUAUAUUGUUUCUCUGAGAGUAGGUCGAAGGAAGUUUUCUAACGGUUUGUUAACCGUUUGUCGGACAUCUUUACUGGACGGGCAGCGGUUUAAAGAUGGAUUCUUGUCAUAAUUAGUCUCUUUUACAGUUGGGUUUACUAACUUUGUAACUUUGUUCACUUUCCGAUGGUCGGAACCCGUCAGAGCAGCUAAUUGGACCACCAUGAGUUCAUCCCGAGUCAGACCCCAGAGCCAGACGGGCAGGUCGCCCCAAGGGCCGGACUCCAGCGAGGGGAUAGAGAUGGAGAACAUCCAGCGUAGGGACCUGGGUCUCGGAGGGGCCACGGCCACCCCGUCUGCCCCGUCCAGGCAAGCCUGGAGCCGAGACAACCCGGUGUUCGAGCCGGAGGAAGGAAUCAUGGAAGCGGACUGGCCUCAAGCGAGUCCCGGGAGGAGGUCGGUGUCCACGGCCUCCAGCGGCAGCAGCUGCGGGGGCAGCAGCGCCCAGAUCCCCCGGGGAGGAGGACUGUAUCCGACGCCGACCCCCACCAUCACGGCCCGGCAGCCGGACAGGCGUGAGCACCGCAGCUGUUUGAAGCAGAUACUCCAGAAAAUAAGAAUUCUGUGGGGGACGGAGCUGAUGGAGGACAGCGACAGCAGCAGAGAACGCUACCUGAGAAACGUGUUGAGGGAGGCGCUCACAUACGUCGGGUUCUUCAUCACCGUUUGUGUCGUGACGUACGGGAUGGUGAACUCCAACAUGUACUAUUACACCAAAGUUAUGUCUCAGCUGUUCCUGGACACGCCACUGUCUCCUGGGGACCCCGCUACAUUCAGGAGCCUCUCCACCAUGGAGGACUUCUGGAAGUUCACACAGGGCCCCUUCCUGAGCGGCAUGUACUGGGAGGUGUGGUACAACAACAAGAGCCUGCCGGAGAACCAGAGCUUCAUCUACUACGAGAACCUCCUCCUCGGGGUACCGCGGCUCCGGCAGGUCAAAGUCCGCAACGAGUCCUGCUCUGUCCACGAGGACCUGAGGGAUGAGGUUCAGGACUGUUACAACAUCUACACCCCCAGCAACGAGGACACCGCCCCCUUUGGUCCCAAGAAUGGAACGGCGUGGGUGUACACCCCAGAGAGUGAGAUGAAUAGCAGCAGUCACUGGGGGCAGGUGUCUAAGUAUGGAGGUGGAGGCUACUACCAGGACUUGUCUCGAACAAAGGAGGAGUCCGCUAACCGUCUGCAGUUUCUCAGAGACAACCUGUGGCUGGACAGAGGCACCCGGGCAGUCUUCCUCGACUUCUCAGUCUACAACGGAAACAUAAACCUUUUCUGCAUUGCCAGGUUGUUGGUGGAGUUCCCUGCCACUGGAGGGUCGGUGACCUCCUGGCACUUCCAGACGGUGCGUCUGAUAAGAUACGUGUCCAGCUGGGACUGCUUCGUCGGCGUGUGCGAGGUGGCGUUCUGCCUCUUCGUCCUCUACUACGUGGUGGAGGAAGUGCUGGAGAUCAACAUCCACCGGCUGCACUACUUCAAGAGCAUGUGGAACUGUCUCGAUGUUCUGAUCGUCGUGCUUAGUGUUGCUGCGAUUUUGAUGAACAUAACCAGAACAGCCAUGGCCCGAAAUUUGCUCAGUGAGCUGUUGGAGAACUACACGGCUCACCCCAGCUUUGAGCCUCUGGCCGACCUCCAGGUCCAGUUCAACAACAUGGCAGCAGCUGUUGCCUUUUUCUGCUGGGUCAAGCUGUUCAAGUUCAUCAACUUCAAUAAGACCAUGAGUCAGCUGUCCACCACCAUGUCCCGCUGUGCCAAAGACCUUGUAGGUUUCGCCAUCAUGUUCUUCAUCAUCUUCCUGGCGUACGCUCAGCUCGCCUACCUGGUGUUUGGAACUCAAGUCAACAAUUUCAGCACUUUCCAAGCAAGCAUAUUCACCCAGUUCCGCAUCAUUCUGGGGGACUUUGACUUCUCAGAGAUUCAGGAGGCAAACCCAGUGCUUGGACCUGUUUAUUUUACAACAUUUGUCUUCUUCAUUUUCUUUAUACUAAUGAACAUGUUCCUGGCUAUCAUCAAUGACACCUACUCUGAGGUGAAGGCUGACAUGUCCCAGCAGAGGUCUGAGAUGGAAAUGACUGAUCUCAUCAAGAAGGGCUGUAACAAAGCUUUGAUGAAGUUAAGACUGAGGAAAACGCCGGUGGAUGCCAUUUCCAACGGCUUGCAACAAGCCGGCGGUAAAAUGAACUUCGAUGAGCUCCGCCAGGAUCUGAAAGGAAAGGGCCACACAGACGCAGAGAUUCAGGCCAUCUUUGCUAAGUACGACCAGGACGGCGAUCCGGAGCUGACGGAGCACGAACACCAGCAGAUGAGAGACGACUUGGAGAAAGAGAGAGAGGACUUGGAGCUGGAGCGCAACUCGCUGACCCGACCCGGCAGUGGGCGGAGCUUCCCUCGCACUCAGGACGACUCGGAGGAGGACGACGACGAGGACUCUGGUCACAGCUCCCGUCGCCGUGGCAGCAGCUCCGGGGGGGUUUCCUACGAAGAGUUUCAAGUGCUGGUGAGGCGAGUGGACAGGAUGGAGCACUCCAUCGGCAGCAUUGUGUCCAAGAUCGACGCCGUCAUCGUGAAGCUGGAGGGAAUGGAGAGAGCUAAGCUGAAGAGACGAGACGUGCUGGGCAGGCUGCUGGACGGAGUCAUGGAGGACGAGCGUUUGGGUCGGGACCCAGAGGUCCACAGGGAGCAGAUGGAGCGACUUGUGAGGGAGGAGCUGGAGCUCUGGGAGUCAGACGACCUGGGCUCCCAGGUCAGCCACACUCCGGUGGGCCCGCGGGCGCGUCCCCCGUCCUCGCUGUCCGCAGACGGCCUCGACGUGAGUUCAACUGGAGGCGGCCAUGUUUAAACACCUGACGGGACG